AAACAUAACAAACAUGGCGUCCAAAGUAGAAUUAUUUUUUCGAUAAUCUUGUUGAUAUUUUGAUUUCUCUGUGUCAGGAUAUACUGACCAUUAAUAUUUCAUGAUCAUCUAUAUAUUUUGAUGGAGCGAACUCUGAAUUAACAUAUUUCUAGUUAAGUUAAGUUGAAAUCUGACUGCUGAAAGAUGGGGAAGAAAGGAAAGGGGAAAAAAGGGAAGAAGGGAAAAAAGGGAAAGAAGGGAGGAAAAAAAUCCAAAGAACCACAGAUGACAACUAAAGAAGCUAUUUUAGCUUAUCAAAUUAAUAUAAUUGAAACUAAACUUGAAGAUGUUAAUUUUGAGAUAAGAGGUUGGGAAGAAAAGAAUAAAAGACAUGUGGAUAGGAAUGAUAAACUGAGAUCCGAACAAGAAUUACUGAUUCAGCAUUUAUUGAAGCAAGCUAAAGAUGUAGAAAAGGCUUAUGAUGCAGAAGAAAUCAAAACACGAGAUGAUGUCAUCAAAGCUAUGAAGGAAAAAUGGGAUAGACAGAGAGAAAGAGAAAGGGAAUUAACAGAUAUCAAAAGUCAGAUAGCAAGGAAAGAGACAGACAUUGAAAAAAUAAGAAAAGAAGUUGAUAAUUGGCUGAGGUAUAAAAAUAAAGGCCAAUCUGAACAUAAAAAACAGAUUGAGAUUCUCGAACAAGAGUUACGUGAUAUGCAAAACAGUUUUGAUGAAAUGGCAGGUCAUUUAAAUAAAUCUUUAGAAAAAACUAAAGUGGAGAUAGAGAUUUAUACAGAUGAAACUUUAGCUAAACAAAAAGAUUUGGCUUCAGAUAAAGCCAUGGAGAAACUGGAUAAACAUAGUCGACAAGAAGUUCUUGAUAAUGACUGGCUGAAACGGGAGGUAGCAAUACAUAGCGCUGAGAUGGAAAAGAUAAAGACAGAUGUAGAGAAAUUAGAAAAACGUAAUUUAGAGAUAAUGAGUCAAUUAUUUGAUUGUACAAUAGAUGAUCUCAAAAUAUCAAGAAAUUUUUACUUAACUCAGUUUGAAGAUGGUGAGAAUUUAGAAGAAUCCAGUAUAUUAGAAAUAGAUUUAAACCAAUUAUUAAUAAAUGAAAGAACUCCCAUCACAACACCUCCAUCUAAAUGCAAGUAUUUUCUCAUUUAUUUAACUGUUCUGUGAAGAGUUAUACGCAUAAACAUGCUAAGAACAUGUCUGACCCUGAUAGUGUAAAGAGUACAGCUUCUUGAAUUUUAUCUGGGCCACAUCCGAACCUUGUUCAGUAUACUUUAUCAGGCCGAGUGUAAAUGGGGUUAAUGAAACAGAAAAGCAUUAUUGUACUAAUGUUAUAAACUGUCUUGGUUAAGUAAAUGGGUAGAUUCAGUUUAUGUUAAUAAAGUGACAACAUGGGUUGCCCUGUAAGAUGAGUUAAAGUGACAAAUAAUGUUACCACCCUGCUGGGUUCAACCUCAUUGGUUUAAAUUAUUAUAAUUCUCGAUAUUUUAUUUGAUCAAUCUGAUUAAAAUACAGAUCUAUAUUUUGUUUCGUUUUUUUUAUACUUUCGAUGGCCUACACUACAUGAAGAUCUGACCAGCUAUAGUGGAAGGUCGUGUCAGGGGUCAUACUAGUAGCUUUUGAUCCUAUGACGUUAGACAUUUGAUUAACCAAUCAGCGUUGAUGUUUCUACUGGGAUACCCACAGUUCUGUGCACUACACGCCAAAAACUUGCCGUAACAAACCGUUUCAUUUGCUAAUCCCUCACAUCAACCAGAAUGCGGGUAUAUAACAACAAUUCCAAAUCCUAGUGUAGUAAAGACAAGUAAAACGAAAUUUCAAACUAUAAAAAACGAAACAAAAUAGUAUCUGUGUUUUAAUCAGAUUGUAUUUUAUGUGGUUUUCCAAAAUUGAUUUAGUGCGACCAAAGAGUGCAACACAUAGAGCUAUAGAAGAGAAGAUAUUAUCGGUGGUAAAAGAUGAUAUAAGUGAUGAAGAUGAUGAUGGAGAUGAUGAUGAGGAGGAUGAUGGUGAAGAUGAGAUUGAUGAUUUAGAUGAUA